UUGCAGGAUGAUCAGCAGAGUUUACUUCCUUGUUAUUAUGGAACUAAUGUUCCUCUUUCUUGUCAGCUGGGAACUCCAUUGUUUUCAUGCAUUUUUGGGUCUGUGAUUUUUCAGCUUGGCUGCUGCUUCAGCCUUCCAAGAGAGUCCUCACUGAAGGGGAACCUUUGACCUUGAGGUGUCAUGGAUGGAAGAAUAAGCUGGUAUCCAAUGUGGUUUUCUAUUAAAAUGAAAAGCCUAUUAACUUUUCUUAUGGAUAUUCUGCAUUCACUAUUCUGAAAGCCAACAUGAAUAACAGUGGUGUCUAUCACUGCUCAGCCAAGGGAAGAUUACCUGGCCCAUUCACAUCCCCAAGAGUACCUGUGAUGGUGAAAGAGCUGUUUCCAGCUCCAGUGCUAACCUCAUCCUUCGGUAGAGGAUCCCCACUUCGGCAGAGGAAACUAGUCAAGCUGAGCUGUGAGACAAAGUUGCUCCCACAGAGGUCUGGCGUGCAGCUUUACUUCUCCUUCCACAUGGGCAACAUGACGCUGAGGGCCAGGAAUACAUCCUCUGAGUACCACAUUCUAACUGCUAGAACAAAUGGUUCUGGGUCCUACUGGUGUGAGGCAGCCACAGAAGAUGGAAAUGUCCUUAAGCGCAGCCCUGUGUUGGAGCUUCAAGUGCCUGACCUCCAGACACAAAUUUUUGUCUGGCUUCACAUCCUUUUCUAUAUGCCAUUGGGCAUAAUGUUUUUGGGAGAUACUAUUCUCUGUGUGAGAAUAUGUAAAGAACUGCCAAGCGAGAGAAAGUAGAAUUUAGAAGUCGCUUCAGCUUCUGAUCAUGGAGAGGAAGUAACUUCGGAAAAUCCCAAAGACAUUUACAAGAAGAAGUGAAGUAUAAGGGUCAAGACCUACAGUGAUAAAGGACACAUGGAAACCCUGGCAGGGAGACAAGCAUUUUCUCAGAGGGUGGCCAUAGAUUUAGUGACUGUGGUAGCGCUUAGACAUAAAUAUCUGAAAAUUAAAUGUCACUUU